AUGGGGGAAGAGGAGAGGGACGUGGAGAUCACGGUGAAGAGAAUAGGGCCAGGGCGCCCUACGAAGAUGCAUAUCCCUUCCGCAGUGCGAGUAGGAUUCUCCAACAAAUCCUUUUCCCCUCUCUCGUGGGUUAUCGGUUUGCCCGGUUUUCAUGGUACUCCUGAUGGUAGGUUCUCGAGUUGAGGAGGAUCGUAGCGGCAGAGAGCGACAUUCCCGUGGAGGAGCUCAAGCUGAUCCUCCGGGGACGGACGCUCUGUGACCAAGGGAUUCGCGGGGACGACCUCGUGGUCAACCUGAAGGAUGGAGGUUGAUUGCAUUUCUUCUCAUCUUUUACCUCUUUUUAUUGCCAGUAAAGUAAAUAUUGUGGUCGAUAUCUGUUUAUUUGUCUAAAAUUUGUGCUGCUGAAGGCUCCCCGUCUUUCCUGUUGCCGAUCCUGUCGAAAUAUGACUGUCAGGUUCACUUUGUGUUAUUGACGAACAUGCAUCUUCAAUUAUUCAUCUAUUCUUGACAUCUGAUGAUGUUAAAUCCAUUUAUCAGCUUUUGAUGAACAUCGAUUUGGGGUUCUCACUCUGAAUUUAGUUACGAGGGAAUGCGUUUUUUUUUAAAAUAGUUUGUGUGGCCGAUUAGACUGCAAUUUCACGUAAUAAUAGGUGAAGCCAUUUUUGAGUUUCUUUAACCUUGCAAUCUAAAAUACUCCAGUGAAAGGCUUUUUUGGCUGACUUACAUUCCUUUUCAGAUACUAGAGCGCAUGAGGUUCUGUUUCCCAUUCAAUGCCAUGUUGAUUAAGGUUUUGAUAUGACCUGUGAAGGAAAAAAUUUAGUUGGAAACUUGAUGUCAGAAUUUUUUUUUAUUCUGGGCAUUAUUGGACCUGUUAAGAUCGUUGGAAACUUGAUGUGGAACAUAAUUGCAUGAAACGUGGAAUUCCCACAGAGUGCAACCUUAAAGGCUCGAGUGGGUUAAAAACGGAUGACCCAUACAUUUCAGUAUGCUUUCUCCCCCAGAUCCAUUGUAUUAGGAUAUUUCAUUUAUAUUUUGUCUUUUAUAGGAGAUACCUUUCCUUUGGACUUUUCUAUUAGCAAAUCCUACUUAUGAGGAGAUUCCAAAUAUUUUUUUCUAUUUAAAGAAGGAAAAAAUGUAAAGGGAGACAAUUUUUGACCCAAAGCCUUGUUUUAGCUCUCUCCUUGUGGUUCUAGGAACUUUUUGUGGAUUAAAUGGACCCCCUCUCUUAAUCCUUCUGACUCAAGGAUCCCCUCUUCAGCUCCUUGUGGAUUAAAGGAUCUUUCUUUUCGUUCUUAGCAGGUCCAAGAUUUUAUCUUCCUUCUGCUAUGUCAACUGGUAUCAAAACAAGUGUAUGAGCUCAAAAACUUUAACAUAGAAAUUUCAGAAAAGAGAGUACCCUUGAAUCCACAAGGAGAGAAAGGGAUCAACAACUUACUUUGAUAUUUUGUCCUUGUGUAAAUAUGAAAAAUUUAGUUCUAGAUCUCCUGAAAAAUAGAACCUGCUAGUGAAAAAACCUAGAACAUAUGACUCCUCAGAAGAAAAUACAAAAAAAGUAGCAUAGAAAAAGGAAUCUUGUAGCUAUAAGAGUACAGCAUUUGGGCUGUCCACGAUUCACCUGUUUGGGCCUUUUUCAGCUACAGUUUUUGGGUCUUCAUUAUUUCUUUCGAUUCUGUUCUACUUUCACAGCUCUUUCUUGCCAGAAAUUAAAGUUGGUCAUUCGCUUAACACUUACAUACGGUGUGUUGAAAUCAAGUGGAUCAACUAAUCUCAAAAGUAUUAUAUUUUAUAUCAUCUUCACUGAAUACGGACCACAACCGAUUGUGGGAUAGUUUUGAUUAUCAUGUUAAAAAUGUGGUUCAUUUUCUCUUAGAUUUUAAAGUUUUUUGUUGUUCUUUAUGCCUAACUUUUCUUGUGUUCAACGACUUUUUCAGAAACCAUUAUCUGUUUGCAUAAUUUAAAUAUCUUGGGCCGAACUAUCAAGAAUAUAUAGUCAGCGUAAUAGGUAAUACUAUCUCUGGAAUUUCAUCACAAUACAGAUGGAGAGAGGACCGUAGAAGGGAGCAUGCACAGGCAAGUGAAGUGUAGGCCAAAUGGGAUACGGAAUCCAUCUUCAAUGAUGACUGCUAACCAAGUGACCGAGUUCUCGAUCCGAUUCUGUACUAAGGAUGCACCAUCAGGGUUGCUGCUUAUUAGUGCUUUCAGAAGGCUAAUGGACGUAGGACGAUACCAUUAUCGAUCUCAGAUGGAUGUCAAAGUAUGGCUGUUGCUGGCAAGAGUACUGGUAUAGUCUUGAAAGGGGCAAACGACCUGUGAGAGUGUCACAAGAUUGGAUGCAACAAUGAGGGAUUAUCAUAUUGCUUGCCUCAGUGAUUUUGAUUUUGAGGAAUUUGAGAUAAUUGUAUUUUAUUUGUCCCAUUGGUGGGCAUCGUUGGUUCAUUAUAUCUGGAUUCCCUAAUGUUCAAAUGGAAAAGUUUUCUUGUCAUAUCUAAAUUUGGAUCACCCGUCAGUGUUUGUUUGUGGUAAUCGCUGUAAAGAAUUCCUGCUGAGUUGCAAUGAGACUCAUUAGCAUUGUGGCACUUUCACUGAACUGGUAGAUCCAAUGGUGCUUGAGGUCGAAGUUCGGGUGGGGCAUGGCAGAUGUAGAUAUUGGGGGUUAUGGGGCACGUAAGCUGUUGCAUGGUGGCAUAUCAGAAAGGUUAAAGUGAGAUCUCCUGUCUUCCUUUUCAUAGGUGUUGACAUAGUGAUGAGGCAUUGAAUUGAUAAUUAAUAGAUAAAGCAGGUUGACAGAAACAGCCAUAUGUAACAUUUAAGGAUUCCUUCUUAAUCAAUGAAUUUCCCAGGAGGCAAUUCGCAUGCGUUCUUCUUGUUGGAGGUCUAUUCGCAAUAGUAUGCAUUUUAUUUGUGAUUGUUUAGGUACGUUCCUUACAGGCAAACAUUGCCGAAAUUAGGAGCAAAAUACUGGCUGUGCACCAGAUUCAGAGGCUGUUAGAGGAAAAUUUGGAAUUGUCAUAUUACGCGCAAUAAUAUUCUUAAUCCUCAUAUUCUAAUUGUUUGAGACAUGAAAGGCAUAAAGAGAUACAGGAAGGUAAUGAAAAAUCUUUGCACUGUACAAGAAGGAAAUAAAUAUCUAUCUGGCCGUCUGUGCUGCACAAAUGUAGGCUUCAGUGUUUAUUUUUGUGCCUUUGUUGUUGCUAAUACUUCAUCAACAUUAAUACUCUUCCAGACUCUUUGAUUGCUGCUGUCAUUCCAAAGCCACCUGCUCAGUACAUGCGUGAAGGAUUGGAUGAAGACGAUGAUGAUGAACUGGUUAGAUGUACUCAUAACUAUACUAGAAAAUCGAUUUUCCUUUAUGAAUUCGUUGAAUUACAAUUUUACCUUUUACUUUAUUGUACUCAGAAGUUUCAAAUUCCAGAGACCACGAACUGGUGGAAGAAAAGUAUCUUCACCUUCCUCCAGAAAAAAAUGAAGUUUCCUGGUAUCCAGAUGCUUAAUCACAAUUUUCUCGCAUUUAAAUGGAAAGGGAAUAGAAUGUCUGACGAUCAUCUUUGUUAACGUCCACAGAUUUUGUGUUGAUGGCAAUUUUCUCAAUCAGUCUAAAGGCAUGGUUUGGUAUAAUAUUAUGGUUUACUUUGGCACCUAUUGCACAGAGAUGGGAUAUGGGCCCAAUAUUUGUAAGUUUUUCAUCCUUUCUUAGAUUUGUGUAUUUCCUGUGGAAGUAAGAAAAAUAACCGGAUUAUGGGAGAUUACAUAACUGAGUGGAAUAUAGUCUGGAGAACAAGAAAAGGCGUUGGUUUUUUAGUCCAGUUACUCCCAUUGGUCAUCUUUAAUGUGUUAUGUAGAUUCUCGGAACAGGCUUCGCUGUCAUCCUUUUAAAUCUUGGAAAGAGGCAAGAUGGUGAUGUUAGGUAUGCACUCUCUCUCUCUCUCUCUCUCUCUCUCUCUCUCUCUCUCUCUCGGUUAUUUAUAUCCUUGGAUAAAAUGUUUCCAUCCUUUGUGACCCUGCAGUGCGUACUCAGUAUUCAACGAAAACUUCAGAGAGCUUCCUGGAACUCUGAAUGCAGAUCGCCUAGACAGAGACAUCAGAACUGGUCAAUUGUGA